UGUUGAUCUCACCAAGCACAGUUCCUUGCUAGAUGUUUAAAUACACAAUACAGUAUCUCGCAACUUUUUCCAAAUAAAUUUACUUUUGAAUCAUGUCCAGAUGCGAUGAGACAAUAUCUGCAGCCACGACAGACAUCUGUUGACGCUGCGGCACUGUCUACACCUGCUGGACCUCUAGGUGAAGAAUGUAAGCUUUUUUCUGAUUUGGAGUAUGAUUGCAGGACAGAUCUUUCAUGAUUUUUUUUCAAUUAUUAAUAAGAAGGCAUACAAAUAUGAAUUUAAUAUUUGUAUUAUAUCAGAAGAAAGCUGUUACAAGUGGGUGUGUAGCGAAAUUUCGACUUCAUCCGACACGUCGGGGAGUGAGAAUUGCACUGUCUAACACACAGCAUGACAUUUUACGCCAGUCUCUGUUUCUUGUUUACGCUGUAGCAUCUAUCCAGCCAUCAAGCAGCAGCAGCACAUUUACUGAGCUACAAUCUCAGCAUCAAGAACCAGAAGAAGGACCCAGCACCAGCAGACUCAGUGCUCCAAUCCAACAGCCUGAAGACACAUCAUCAGCUUCAACAGAUGUCUGUGAACCUGUACAAGCUGGCCCUGUGGAUCCUGCUGACUGGCCACACCAGUUGACUGAUGCAGUGAGAACUGAAUUAGUUAGUCGAGGACCUUAUGAAGUAAAACCAGAUUUCACAUUCCCUAAAAGUGAGGAUGGAAGAAGUUUCCAUCACCACUAUGUCCACAGGCAGUUAGUGAAUGGGGAGAAAAUCAAGAGAAUGUGGCUGAUGUAUUCGCCCAAAAUGGAUAGUUUAUACUGUUUCUGUUGCAAGCUCUUCUCCCAGAAAGCAUUUAAAUUAAGUAGGGAUGGGUUUCAAUACUGGAAAAACUGUAGUGAGACUCUAAAAAUGCAUGAGAAUAGUCCAGAACACACCAAGAACAUGGGAUUGUGGAAGGAGCUAGAGAGCCGCAUAAGAACAGGCCAAAUAAUAGACAAAGUGGAAAGGGCACUGAUAAAUGCAGAAAGAAGACGGUGGCGUGAAGUGCUUACCAGGUUGGUCGCCAUCAUCCAGUCAUUGGCUGAGCGCAACAUUGCUCUCAGGGGGACCACUGACAAAUUAAAUGCACCUAACAAUGGCAACUUCCUGAAGGAAGUGGAGCUCAUGGCUCAGUUUGAUCCUGUCCUAAAGGAGCACGUUGCCAUGGUGGAAGGAGGAGCGAACCAAACUUUUGUUUAA